AUGCCACAUUCUCACGCAGCAGAAGAGCUUCUGGAAAUGAUUGGUAGUGGGAAGAGCCAUGUGGCUCAUGCGCAAAGUUUGGCAGUUGCAAUGGUUCGUGAUGGAAUACCCCAAGAAGCCGUGACUGCUUUUGCAAGUUUGGGCUCCUUCGGUGCCCAUGAGUCGAAUGCUGAGCGAGACCUACAUAGGUGGCUUCGAGGCUUGUACGGGGUGACUUUGGAACCAUACUUCAUAGAUGUCAUGCUUGAAAAAGACGAUGCCGAUAUUGAUGACAUUGGUGAACAGGAAGAUAACCCUUUGAAGGGGACGGCAUCCACGCGGAUACCUGUGCUCCUACCACACGAGGUCUUCUCUGCGAUUCACUCUUCAAGCGACCAUCAGUUUGGUUUGAGUAUGCUGGGGCGACACUCGCCGGCUGCGAUCAAGCAAUUUUGGCGGCAUUUGCAACGAUAUGUGCCGGAAGAAGUGAAGGAUCAUCCGGCAUUGGCCGGCUGCGAUCUAAGCGAGAUGAUACAGUUGCUGAUUCACUUUGAUGGUGCAGAGAUGUACAAGAACUCCGAAUACAACAUUUGGUCGUUUUCGAGUGCAUUGUCCUCAUUGCUGGAUGUGGAUUGCCUUGAAACGCAGUUCGUGUGCUGCAUCCUCCCGCAAAAAGCUAUGCAACAGAAGCAGGUCAAGAACUACGUGCACAAGGAAAUCGCGAGGCUGAUGAGCUGGUCUUUCAAAGUCCUUCAAAGCGGAAAGUUUCCAUCGACUGGCUUCUAUGGUGAAGAGUUUCCUUCUACGUCGUGCCGUGCGAAAAGAAGUGGCACGGCGCUGGCUGGUGAAUGGAAGAUUCUUGGGUUGCAGCUGUGUACGCCGACAGAGAAACACAUGGAUGAUAUGAACUUCAAGAACUUUUCGGCGAAUGCUCCCUUUCUUUUGACGGCUAUUGAUCACAACAUGUACCUCAACACAACUCCUUCAGCCGAACUUUCACCCUGGACGGCAAUGCCAGGAUGGAAGAUUGAAAAUACUUUCUUUGACUGGAUGCACAUUGUGUUGCUGGGGAUUGCAAGAGAUGUGGUUGCUGCCGCUAUCAAGCUGAUGGCAAUGCGGGGUGUGAUUUCCAUGACGAAUUUGCGCCUAGAGCUCAAGAGCCUUACAGCCUGGAUCAAGAAGGAGCGCAAGAGCGAGACUGGGCCGCCCGGGGGGGGGGUUUCCUGCUCUUUGCCUGCAAUGACACCUGCGAACACGGGCUUGGAGUCCUGGAGUGAAUAUCCGGAAAUGGGGAGCAGCUUCAAAGCUGCACAGAUGAAGGUCAUGGUGUGGGGCAUGGCAAGGAAGCUUCAGAUGGUGUUGCAGAAUGUUCAGGACCUUCAUAUAUCGGGCAAGCAUCAUGAUGAGGAGUUGCUGCAGAUGGCAGUAGUGGUACGAGCACUCAAUAAGGCCCAACGAUUGUUGGACAACUCCGACUUAUUGAUGACCGAGCAGGAUUCUACAAGGUUCAACGGGCUGGUUCAAUUGCACCUGCGGACGUGGCAGCGGCUGGCUUUGAAGUUUGAGGCCUUGGGCAUCGCUUUGUGCAAAAUCCGUCCCAAACACCAUUAUCUUCAACACAUUGGUCUGUAUGUGGCAUCGACACGAGUGAACGUGCGUAUACAUCAAAACUUCAACUCAGAAUCGUACAUGGGGAAGAUGAAAAAGAUCGCUGUGAAGUGCCAUUCGGUUUCGAUGAUGCUGCGUGUACAACAGCGCUAUGUGCUGUACCUGGCUUUGUCAUGGGAGCGAGCAAAAAGAGCAUCUACUGGACCCGGUGCUGCACUUACUGGAAAGGAGACUCUCGAAGAGCUGUUGCUGUGCGACGACAACAGAAGACCUUUAAGCAGCUCUAGCGCCGAAUAUGCAAAGAGACGAUGCAUCAUGGGCAUUUAA